UAUUGUACCGGUACGAGUACGCAUACAGUUAUGUGCUGUUGUCUCGCAGCAAAGACACAAAGUCUAUUGAAUAUUAAAGGCAGUGUAAAUAUCAGACGUCCUUCUCGCUAGUCUAGAAGCUGCAUAUGCAGACGCCCUGUUCCAAAUGAGGCUUACGCGGAUAUGUGCGAACUUACAGUUGAACGUGUACGCAACGUAGAACCCUCUGUUGUAGAUAUACGACGGUGAACUUUUUCAUUAACAGUUCAGUGAACGUUACAGGUUAUUUUGUGGUAAAUAGGACAUAAUACAAAUAAACACGACUUGUAUCACAGAAUAGAUCGUUGUUUCUGUCGAGGAUUUGACCCCCUUAGAAAACGAGCGGCCGUCACAUGAUUGAGAGUUUGUGAACGCAAUGGAGGAAAUAGAAGUUCUUCGGAAUUCGAGUAAAGAAACUGUGUGCAUUGAAAGGGGACCAGAAUGUGUCGUAGAUGCCCUUGACAGCCAUCGUGUCUCAGUAAUAGCGAUCUUUAUCGUAUUCGGGAUUACUGCUAUUAUCAUCAUCCCGUAUGCGCUUUUUGCUUCCGAUGAGAACGACGUGGUGAUUAGGCGCAAAGAGACGUCUCAUAGCAGCGGUUCGUUGGACCUCGACUUGGAGGGGGGACCCCACAACACGAGCGUAUCGGGCUUCACUCACGCAUCGCCCAUUUCAGGUUUAACGCACCAUUUCCACAUGAAAAACUUGGUGCAUCUCGACAGUUUCAAGCAGUACGCACGCAGGCUCUCACAGUUUGCUCUGGGGGGUAGCCGUCCAUCGAGUCGGCGCGGCUCGGUUUUUAGAGGGCCUUCCCCUGCGAGGCCCCCGACGCUGGUGACAAUCUACGACGAAGGCACGAACGAAGUUCACCUAAGUAAGCGAUAUCCUUGCAAUCGAUCCAAUUGCCGCUUCAGGCUCCACGCCGAAAAUCAUUUAGAAGGUACCGCAGGCGUUCCUAGCACUAGCUAUGCCUGAGAUUUUUUGCUGUCACUGAUCUGCGAAAACCUUUGGUACGUCCGUUGAGUACGUGUCCAGGCAAUCAUAAGCCGCGUAUCAGGCAAUACUUGAAGAAACUUUUUUUUUUUUCUGCGGUGUUGUACUGAAGAACGAUUCCGCUAAGAAACCGUCUACGAUAUAUAGCACAUACCGUAUGACUAAAACUCAAAAAGACACGGACUUGACUUGCGAUGGCAGGAUGGCAGAGGUAGCCAUUGCAAUUAUGGCAAAACGUGACAACAACCUUGGAUCUAUACAAGUGGGAGGUACGCAUAUUGAAACUGAGUUGUAAAAAAUGAUAUGAGUAUAUACGAUAUCAUGAAAUAUGUCAAAUC